CAGUAUCAGACUAGUUCUCCAUUUUCUCUCAAUCAAAUUAUUUCAUUGAUUUGAUCCUAUUUUUAUAAGAUCCAUAUUCAUAAGGAAAAUUGUAUACCUGUUUGGUUGGGUUUUUUUGUCAUCGUCAAGUCAAAAACUGCUGUAAAAAUUCUUGCAGUAUUUUCCUCGUACAUUUCUUGUCACCCCUUGUUUGUGAAUUAAAAAUUGGUUGAUUGUAUUGGAUUGUGAUCUGGGUUGGUGAAGAAAAAGGAGAAAAAUCAUGGAGGACAAUAUCUUGUGCCAAUGGAGUGUAAUUCGAUCCAUGUUAGCUAUUCUUCAAUGGUGGGGUUUCAAUGUCACUGUUAUUAUCGUGAACAAAUGGAUCUUUCAGAAAAUAGAUUUCAAGUAUCCAUUGUCAGUGUCAUGCAUACACUUUAUAUGUUCAGCAAUUGGUGCAUACUUGGUAAUCAAAGUGCUGAAGCUUAAGCCACUCAUUCCGGUUGAUCCUGAAGAUCGCUGGAGGAGGAUUUUUCCCAUGUCCUUUGUAUUUUGUAUCAACAUAGUCUUGGGGAAUGUGAGCCUGCGCUAUAUUCCCGUUUCUUUUAUGCAAACUAUAAAGUCGUUUACCCCAGCAACAACAGUUAUCUUGCAGUGGCUAGUCUGGAGAAAAUACUUUGAGUGGCAAAUUUGGGCUUCUCUUGUUCCCAUUGUUGGAGGAAUUCUCCUCACUUCUAUCACAGAGCUCAGUUUUAAUAUGUUUGGUUUUUGUGCUGCUUUGUUUGGUUGCCUUGCUACAUCAACGAAGACCAUUCUUGCAGAGUCUUUGCUGCAUGGUUACAAAUUUGACAGCAUAAACACAGUCUAUUACAUGGCACCUUUUGCUACUAUGAUUUUGGCUGUACCAGCCUUACUACUUGAAGGAUCGGGGGUUAUGGAAUGGAUUCAGACAUGUCCCUCACUUUUCUCUUCCCUCAUUAUUAUUUUUGGGUCUGGAGUGCUGGCAUUUUGCUUGAACUUUUCUAUCUUCUAUGUUAUUCACUCCACUACCGCAGUGACCUUCAAUGUUGCUGGAAAUCUUAAGGUUGCUGUUGCUGUUACAUGUUCAUGGUUGAUCUUUAGGAACCCGAUUUCAGCCAUGAAUGCCAUUGGAUGUGGUAUAACUCUUUGUGGAUGUACGUUCUAUGGGUACAUAAGGCACAUGCUUGCACAACAACCACCGGGGACCCCUCAAACACCCCGAGCUCCAAGGGGUAAAAUGGAGUUGCUUCCUUUAGUUAAUGAAAAAUUAGACGAUAAAGUUUAAACCAAGCUGGUCGUGCAAGAACAUGAGGUCUGCUAGUUUGGGAGACCUGAACAGAUGAUUGAUAUAAAAAGAGAAUAGUAUUUGUUGCUGCGAAAUCACCGAGCAGGUUAUAUCGAAAAAUCUAUUAAUACUUCUCCCUUUUGGCCCCCUCUUUCCCGCCUGGAGACAUUACUACUGUCUACUAUUUAGUCAUAGUUGUGGACAUUUAUUCUUAUAACAAACUUUUGAACAUUAAAAGUCCAGGAUCUACUUGUAAACAUGUUUGAGGAGAGUAUGCUGCACUCCUCAAGAUGCUAUUGAUUUGGCAAUAUCUUAAUCUUAACUCCAGUUUUCAUGGCC